UUCUCAUUAUUCUCAAGCUCUUUCCUUGUGCCAUCUCCCACAUCUACUGCUUCCUCUUCUCAGGUACUUGGUUUUCAUAAAGUACACGUGACCUGCUACUCCUCUCAGCGGUGGUACCAGUAAAGUCCUGAUCCAAGGUCCCAUUGCGCAGCCUGUCUCACCCGCACCAACCGCAUUGCGUUCCUCUACUAUGAGGAACUAAACCACUCCAGCCCCUCUCAAAACGAACACAUUCCACGUUCACAUCAUGAGCCGUCAUCCGCCAUCCAAUUACGGCGAUGGGCCGCCUGCCUACUUUGACCAAGAUGCGUCCUCGUACCUCUCCGACCAUGAGUCUCCCAAUGGUGCGUCGCGACAGAACGGCGCCACUAUGCGCCUACUCCCAACCAGCGGCGACAUCGAUGCGGAUAUGAGUAGCCAUCGCGCACCCUCGCCAUCGCAAUACCAGCCAGCUUAUUUUGAUUCUACCCCAACUGGCCAAGUGCCUUCAUACGACAAUCGCUAUUACAAUGUCCCUAGCGCAACGUCACCAUCGCGUCCGCCUUCCAGCAUUGGAGUUCCCCCCAGCAUCCCGGCACCCACUGCUAGCCUCGCAGAUACAUCAGUCUACCCAUCAAUUCCCCCACGAACAGGUUCACCUACCCGCCCUUGGAGUCCCGGCCACGUUCGCCCUCCUUCAGUGUCGAGUGUCGGAUACGAGCGCGCAGACAUCAAUGGUAGUCCACGUCCUGGGACACCCAGUUCGAGAUAUGGAGGAAGCCCUAGGAGACCUCUGCCUCCGGCACCCUUAUUCUCUGGACCAGCACCGUCCUCGGCUACAGAUUCCAGUAUUGAUAUUGCCGAUGGAAUGUCUGGUGCGGACCCGUUCGGUGGAGGCGGCCGGACUAUUAAUCACACAUCUCGCGGCAGUGUCCGAUCAUUCAUGAGCGAGUCGACAGUAAUGGGCGAUGAGAAGGACGAAAUGGCCAAGGUCGACUUGGAAGAAGACGACGAUGACGAGUCCAGCAUGAUCGAUCCGAAUCUGCACUAUGGACCUGCGCCAGAUAAGCAAGGCCGCCGUGGUGUUCGCGCUACUCAAAUGGCCAAGAAGGAGGUUCAACUCAUCAACGGCGAGCUGAUUCUGGAGUGCAAGAUUCCCACCAUCCUGCACAGUUUCCUUCCCCGCCGCGAUGAGCGCGAGUUUACUCACAUGCGGUACACGGCUGUGACCUCCGAUCCCGACGAGUUCACAUCUCGGGGUUAUAAGCUGCGCCAGCAAAUUGGUAGCACUACCCGUGAGACCGAGUUGUUUAUUUGCGUGACCAUGUACAACGAAGAUGAGAUUGGCUUCACUCGAACGAUGCAUGGUAUCAUGCGCAAUAUCACCCACUUCUGUUCGCGUACCAAGUCCCGUACUUGGGGCAAGGAUGGAUGGAAGAAGAUUGUGGUCUGUAUCAUUUCCGAUGGUCGGAAGAAGGUGCAUCCACGCACUUUGAAUGCAUUGGCCGCGCUCGGUGUUUAUCAGGAAGGAAUUGCGAAGAAUAUUGUCAACCAGAAGGAAGUGCAAGCACAUGUGUACGAGUACACCACGCAGGUGUCGCUUGACUCGGACUUGAAGUUCAAGGGUGCUGAGAAGGGUAUCAUGCCUUGUCAGGUUAUCUUCUGUCUGAAGGAACACAACCAGAAGAAGCUCAACUCUCACCGAUGGUUCUUUAAUGCCUUUGGUCGUGCCUUGCAGCCGAAUAUCUGUAUCCUCCUCGACGUUGGUACUAAGCCUGAGCCAACUGCCUUGUAUCACUUGUGGAAGGCCUUCGAUCAGGACUCCAAUGUUGCUGGUGCUGCUGGAGAAAUCAAGGCCGGAAAGGGUAAGGGUAUGCUGGGUCUCUUCAACCCGCUCGUUGCCAGUCAGAACUUCGAGUACAAGAUGUCCAACAUUCUGGACAAGCCUCUGGAGUCUGUGUUUGGUUACAUUACUGUGCUUCCGGGUGCGCUGAGUGCCUAUCGCUUCUUCGCCCUCCAGAAUGACGCCGACGGUCAUGGUCCACUGAACCAAUACUUCAAGGGUGAGACCCUGCACGGUCAGGAUGCGGAUGUCUUCACAGCCAACAUGUACCUGGCCGAGGAUCGUAUUCUCUGCUGGGAGCUGGUCGCCAAACGAGAAGAGAGAUGGGUGCUCAAGUUCGUCAAGAGUGCUGUUGGAGAGACUGAUGUACCCGACUCGGUGCCUGAGUUCAUCUCACAGCGUCGUCGUUGGCUGAACGGUGCUUUCUUCGCGGCCGUGUACUCGAUUUUCAAUGCUAAGCAGAUCUGGAAGACGGAUCACUCGCUGGCAAGAAAGAUCUUGUUGCACAUUGAGUUUGUGUAUCAAACCUUCAACCUCUUGUUCACUUACUUUGGUCUGGCAAAUUUCUACCUUGCUUUUUACUUCAUCGCUGGCUCGCUCACUGAUGAGAAGCUUGAUCCAUUUGGUCACAAUAUGGGCAAAUACAUCUUUAUUGUGCUGCGCUAUGCCUGUGUUCUGGUUAUGUGCUUGCAAUUCAUCAUUUCUCUGGGUAAUCGUCCUCAAGGAGCGAAAAAUAUGUACCUCUCCGGUAUCAUCGUCUACGCCGUUAUCAUGUUCUACACCGUCUUCUGCGCUCUCUACCUUGUCGUCAUGGAGCUCAUGUCGCGUGCCGGUGUUGGUAAAAAAGACUUGCAUGUCAGCAGUACGCUCCUCAUGAACAUUGUCCUGUCCAUGUUGUCCACCGUCGGCCUGUACUUCUACACUUCCUUCCUGUACCUCGAUCCGUGGCACAUGUUCACCUCAUCCGCGCAAUAUUUCCUGCUCCUGCCCAGCUACAUCUGCACGUUGCAGGUCUACGCCUUUUGCAAUACGCACGACGUGACAUGGGGAACCAAGGGUGACAACGUCAUCAACACAGAUCUCGGUGCUGCUAAGGUCAUCAACGGGUCCACUGUAGUUGUCGAAAUGCCCUCCGAGCAACUAGACAUUGACAGCGGCUACGACGCCGCCCUUCGCAACCUCCGUGAUCGUCUCGAAGUCCCCGAGACUCCCAUCCCCGAGGCCCAGAUGCAAGAAGACUACUACCGCGCUGUCCGCACGUACAUGGUUUCCAUCUGGAUGGCUGCUAAUGUUAUUCUCGGCAUGGCUGUCUCCGAGGUUUACGGCGUGGACUCGGGCGGUACGAAUAUCUAUCUCGCUAUUGUUUUGUGGGCUGUCGCUGUCCUGGCAGCUGUGCGUGCUAUUGGUUCAACGAUUUAUGCGAUUUUGAACCUUGUGCAUAAGAUCGUUGAAGGAAAGACGAAGUUUGAUGCGGGUAACAUAUCGAAUUUCGCGCCGAGUUCCUUUGGUGGGAGUAGUGUGGGCGGAAGUUCGGAGGGGAGCGGUCCUUCAAAGCCUAUUCGGUAUAGUGGUGGGCCGAGCUUUAAGGAUCGUGUUGCUGAGGCGAGGUGGACUGCUGGCCGAACUUUGGGCAAGGCGAUGUUCUGGCGAAAAUAGACAUGCUAUGUUCCUUUUUUUGCCUUGGCUGUCUGAUGCCUUUUGAUGUUGGAGUCUCAUUUACGGAGUUUGUUUUCCUAUGAUAUCUGGGUCUAUGACUUUGUUAUGUUAUGUUUCUUUUUUUUUCUUAUGAUGGAAAUAUUGUGAUGGUUAAUGCCCCACCCCUGUCACAGACACCUAGGGCGAUGUGUAUAUGUGAACAAUGGAAUGUACUUAUGCGUUUGAAUUGGAUAGGAUGAAUGGUUUUCGAUGAAGAUUUUCUACACUUGAAGUACGAUUGGUAAACCAACUUCCUGUUUAACAUGUAACUGCCGUUGCUACUUGCCCUUAAAUCCGAAUUUAUUAU